CCUUAUCAUCAAAAUUCACAAAAUAGUGACUAUUCAUCUUUCUUCACCUUCAUCACCCCAACUUCUUUUUCCUCUCCAGGAGAACAAGACCGAAAUACAUUCUUUUUUUUUUUGGCUUAUAAACAUUAUCCCCUAAAGCAUGUCGUCUAACAAUCUAGCAUACAUACCUCACUAUCGUUUCCCCCCUGUUACCCAAGAAAUACAACCGCAAUCAUGCCCGGCGGACUAGACGACUCGCGCUGGGCGCCAAAGAACCAGCAUAAUCGCAUAAAUAAACAUCGCGGACGUCUUGGUCAAAAUGCACGAUCUUCAUCCUCCAAUGCGACGAUGUCCGCAUCCCAUUCCGAAACCCUUCUUCUCCAAUUCGAAGAUCGACCUUUGCCUGAACAAGAGUUCUCACGAUUUCUUAAGAUCGUUGCUAGACUCAAUUGGAAACUACCGUUCCUUAAGAUGGGAUAUAGUAUGGCUAAGGAAGUUACCGACAAGGAGCAAUCGCAAAUCCAAGCAUGUGAAACCCAGUUUAAGUUGGAUUUUCACGAGUUCUACAUGUUAAUUGAGCGCGCCCUUGUCCGGCUUAUGGGCAUAUUUGGGGUCAUAGUCAGGCGCAAUGGAAUCAUAAUCGAUGGAGUUAUCAGAAUGAACAACGCUAAGGACGAGAGCUCAGAUCAAAACACGGUUGAGGACUCUAAGGAGCGUCCCAUCCAACAUUUCUAUCACAAGAACGUCUUGACCGCCCUCCAAGACCCCAAGAACCCACUCUACAGCAUAUUCGGCAAGCCAGAAGUUCGGACCCAAUUGUCGAGAGCCAAGGACCUUCGAAAUCGCUGGAAGAAUAUCGACGAAGCCGACCCAAUCAACUUUGCGCCAUUAUCUCUUUCGAGCUACAACCUCGAGGUGAUCAUGCAAACCAUUCUUACGGCAAUUGAAGAGGCGCACAUUGUUGCUGUUGAGUAUCUACGCAAGAGGGGGAAUAAACCAAUAGAGGCCAAGGAGGAUGAUUGGGAGUUUAUGGUGGACGCUAUGGAUUGGGAAGCUGUUUAACAAGUUGACAAGCUUGGAAAGUUCCUUCUUGCCCGAGGACGCCAAACUCGAUUUGCUUUAUUAACAAUUCUAGACAUCCAUUAGAACAGUGACUUCAGCAAGUGUUGAACGAUCACUAUCGCUACUAACCCCGAAUUACCUACGAUUAGAUUAGACUGGCUAGCCUUUAUUCCGGAGUAAUAGAGAUACCCAAGAAAGAGUUGGAUGCGCAAGAGACGGACGGACCACCUAUCUUCCGGACUCGAUGUUUUCGAUGGUGUUUUUGCAUGAGUAGUUGCAGUCAACCACUAUAACCUUGGAACCCUUUUGAAUCACGGUUGGAGGAUAUCCUUACUUCGUUAAUAAUAUAUCCCUUUAAACAAGAGGUGGCGUUUUUAUUGGUGGUGUGGCUAAAGAAAGAUGGCAUUGAUACCCAGAAAGACAGCAUGCUCUUCGCGGUCCGUAGAAUUCAUUUGCAUUAAUAGGUAGCAGAUAUAGCUUGUACUGCCUUGUAUUUUUAUCACGGCGAUGAAGAUGAGUCAGGUGUAUGGAUCUUGCUAACUGCUCACCUCGUGCUGAGAAUAUGUCACCUAGGUAUCCUUUCGUGGCAUCCAUG